AUGCGUCAUGUUGCACAGCACACAUCAUUUCAGGCUGCUUCUAUGAACAUGUUGGUGACUUCAGAGUGCCAUAUAAAGCGGAACAGAAGGAUCUCUGAAACACUAAAGCCUGCCUUUACGGUAGCUAGCCUUCCAGGCACCAGCACCUCAAAUCCCACCGCUCCAACCACUUCAACCACUAUGCAGGUGAGCAGUGGACCCUCCUUCCCCAUCACCAACUACCUGGCUCCCGUCUCUGCCAGCAGCACCAACAGUAUUACCAGUGCCAAUGGGACAGUGCUGAAGGCGGCAGGCACCGCUAGUAGCAUCAUGCAGAUCCCAAGCAGCUUUACCUUCAUGUCAGGCACUUCUCUCCCACCCGGGACCCCAACCAUUCCUAUUGGCCAGUUACAGCCGCACUCAAUUGCCAUCCAAGGUCAGCAAGGUCAGACGAUCACAGCCACUGCCGCACAGGGGCAGCCAGGGCAGCAGACUGUGUUCCGGUUUCCAGCUGCUGUCUCCUUAGCAGGGGGAGCAAUGGCUCCACAGCUGCAAGCAAUCCAGGUCCAUCCAUCAACACAACACAGCUCCACCUCCAGCGAGAGCGGGCCAGAAAUCUCUCAGGCAGCCACCUGCUCUACAGUUACCCUGCCUGCAACAAUUGUGACAUCUUCGGUGCCAACAUCUGUGGCAGGUCAUAUGAUGUACCCAAGCCCUCAUGCAGUGAUGUAUGCCUCCACGCCCACACUGGCCGAUGGCAGCCUGGCUGUGCUCAACGCAUUCUCACAAACCCCCUCUGGUAUUCAGGUAUCCCAUGGUCAAGUUCAAGAGCAAGGAGGAGUUCCACAAGUCUUUCUUACUGCACCACCUGGGACAGUACAGAUUCCUGUGCAACUACAUCCAAUGGUCAUUGGACAGCAGUCCACCAGUGGUGGCAGUAAUCUGACAGAGUUACAGGUAGUAAACUUGGAAGCCACGCACAACUCCAAAGACUUCACUACACUUUUAGCUGUAUAGCUAUUUCAGAGUCUGACCCACCCAAGUGGUUUGAACUGCACCUACAAGAAGAAGAAGAAAAGGCAACUGAUUGAUAUCUAGACAGAGAAGCCUGGUAUCGAGACUAAACCGAGGAACGCCAUCAGGAGCAAACUCGGCCAGUGACAGACACCCUUAAAUGGAGGUGAUCCAUUAUUUCAUUAGAGUUUGUCAUGGAGAAAGAAGCAUUCUUAUUUGUACCUUCUUUUGUAAAUCUUAUCAAGCGUCAUGAAGUAAAAAGGGAAAUAAAGAAAAACUUGUAAAUAAAAAUAUAUGCAAUUCAUAAAUUAGAGUAGAGCACAGAGCCACAGUACAGCAUAAAACCAGUUGCUGGGCGUAAUGUUUUUUAGUAGGUCUGUAAUACCAGUAUAGUCAUAAAGAUAGGAGAGCAGGAUGGGUUGAUUCUGUAGCCCAAAGUACCUGAACUAGUCGGUCAUUACUAUUAAAACAAAUCGCCGUUAGACUUGAAGAAAAUGUUAGCCAGCCAGCCAGCGACGUUAACUAUUGCUGGGCAGAAGGGUGGGAGAGGGAUUGUUGGG